UCCUCUGCCCCGCGUCUCUAAACGGCGCUGAGGCUCCGCGCGCGCACUGCCCUGACCAGCAGCAGCUCAGCGUGCACGCGAGCGGACAUAUCGCGCUCCUGUUUUAUGUUUAAAAUACAGGGAUUUGCUUUCUUCCUUUUUUUUUAUUAUCACAUCCGAGACGCCGCGUCGUGUCUGUCGGUGAAAAGGGAUUAAAAACAAACACGGACUUGCUUUAUUGUAUUUUUUGUUGUCGUUUUAGGGGAAAAGUUUUUUUCCAAGUCGCUCGCGCACGUUUUUUUUGGUUUAAAAACUAAAAGGCGUCUCGCGCAGCAGCAGCACGCGACGUGACCGUUGAAACUUUUUUUUCUGCCGCUUCUCUCCGCGCUGCCUGAGGAACCCGAGUGAGGAGUCAGUCAGGAGGUGGACGGAGAGAGUGGGGGGAAAAAAGCUUACAAAGUGUCCUCGAAAGUCGAGUUUGGAUGGUAGGAAGCGGGUUGGAGACGCUUUCGGAGUUUUCUGCACUCGUUUUGCGCGUUUUUGUGCGUUUUUUUCCUUGCGGCGCCUUUGUCCUGAAAGAAAAACGAGGCGUCGUUUAAUCGACUCCUCCACUUGACUCGGCUCCUUCGACUCGACUCCCCUUUCCAUCACAGCCGAGAAGUUGCACUCGACUCCUUCAACUCGACCCGACUCCCUCCAUCACAGCCCAUAAGUUUCUCUCGACUCUUGGCGACACUUUUCAGCGGCUUCUCUUUAUUUCUAAAGUUGUUCCCAACGAGCUGGAUUUUCACCCGUAGUCAUGGACAGGUUGGAUUUCGUUUCUAAGGAUUAUUACUGAAAUACUGGGGUUUUUUCCCAUCUUUUUCCCCUCCAUGCUCCCCGAGAACUGAGCUACAGCACGUUGUUGUUUUUAAUACAGCGAGCUACAGUUCCAAUUUUUUUUGGUGGGAUUUUAGCGCCUGAAAAAACACACUCGUACAAGCACACACACGCACCCAGAGCCAACAUGCCGCAGUUGAACGGGGGCGGAGGAGACGAGCUCGGGGCGAACGACGAGAUGAUCUCGUUUAAGGACGAGGGCGAGCAGGAGGACAAGACGGCCGAGAGCGUGUCCGCCGACAGGGACCUGGACGACGUGAAGUCGUCGCUGGUGAACGAGUCGGAGAAUAACAGCAGCUCGUCGGAUUCCGAGUCGACCGAGAGACGCCCCCAGCCUCGCCCCGACAUAGAAAGUUACGAAAAAGCCAGAGAGUGUUUCAACGAAGCGCUGAGGAGACAGCAAGAUGGAGGAGGCCUUUUUAAGAGCCCGCACUACCCGGGUUACCCGUUCCUUAUGCUCCCGGACCUGGCAAGCCCGUAUUUAUCGAAUGGGGCUCUGUCUCCCACCGCCAGGACCUAUCUGCAGAUGAAAUGGCCUCUACUGGACAUGCCAAGCUCGGCAGCGCUGAAGGACUCCAGAUCACCCACACCAGGACAUUUGUCUAAUAAGGUUCCUGUAGUGCAGCAUGCCCACAUGCACCCCCUGACCCCCCUCAUCACCUACAGUAAUGAUCACUUUCCCCCGGCGACGCCGCCUGCGCACCUCUCCCCAGAGCUCUUGGACCCCAAGACAGGUAUCCCACGGACUCCUCACCCCUCUGAGCUGUCUCCAUAUUACCCCCUGUCUCCUGGGACUGUGGGGCAGAUCCCUCACCCUUUGGGCUGGCUUGUCCCACAACAAGCACAGCCCAUGUACUCCAUUCCUCCCGGAGGGUUCCGCCACCCGUACCCCGCGCUCGCUAUGAACGCUUCCAUGUCCAGUUUGGUGUCGAGCCGUUUUCCUCCUCACGUUGUGCCUCAUCAUCCUCACAGCCUUCAUCAGACAGGAAUCCCUCAUCCUGCUAUAGUCUCCCCUGCCAUCAAACAGGAACCCAACGGAGAGCUGAGUCCUGCCUCACACACGAAGUCUCCAGGGCCGGCUAAGAAGGAGGAAGAGAAGAAGCCACACAUUAAAAAGCCCCUGAACGCCUUCAUGCUGUAUAUGAAGGAGAUGAGGGCCAAGGUGGUGGCCGAGUGCACGCUCAAAGAAAGCGCCGCAAUCAAUCAAAUACUAGGCAGGAGGUGGCACUCUCUGUCCCGGGAAGAACAGGCCAAAUACUACGAGCUGGCCAGGAAAGAGCGACAGCUUCACUCUCAGCUCUACCCCGGCUGGUCCGCACGAGAUAACUAUGGCAAGCGGAAGAAGAGGAAGAGAGACAACAAGGCCGAAUCAGCAGCAGAAGAUUACUCCGCACGGAAUAAGAAGCCUUGUGUGCAGUACCUCCCUCAGGAGAAGAUGAUCGACAGCCCGGCGUCCUCUCACGGCAGCAUGCUGGACUCCCCGGCCACACCCUCGGCCGCCCUUGCCUCGCCCGCCGCGCCCGCCCCCACUCACUCUGAGCAGGCCCAGCCGCUAUCGCUCACCACCAAACCCGAGCGCCAUCAUCCUCACUUCUCUCUGAUCUCCAAACCUUCAUCAUCCUCAUCCUCCUCUUCUUCUGCUUCCAUUUCAUCCUCCUCUUCUUCCUCUUCUUUCACCUCCUCUUCCUCCUCCCACCCUAGCAUCUCUCUCGCCAUCAGCUCCUCAGGCAGUCAUUCGACCCCGCAUCUUCUCUCCCGGCCAAUCCCUUUCGCUUCCCUGCACCCCUCCCUCUUGUCUCCACCCUCGCCGUUCCACCAGGCCGCUUUACACUCCCAUCACGCCCUGUUCCAGACGCAGCCGCUCUCCUUGGUAACCAAAUCAGCCGACUGAGCUUAGAGCUUAAACUCUGUUUUUUUUUUUUAUUCAAUAUUUCUGCUUUAAACAUGCUGUACAUUGCAUUUUAUACCCCCUCCCCCCACCCCUGUUCACAUAGACGUCAGGUUAACUUUUUUGAUAAGCGAAAAGUAAAUGAAUAUUAUUGGUCAAUAUUUGAUCACCUGCUUUUCUGUGUCUCUCUCUAUGAAAGUGUAUUUUUUUUUGUAAAGUCUACUUUGGAACUGGUUUCUUAUUUGAUACAGUUAUCCAGCAAAAAAAACAAAACAAAAAAAAAACAACUCAUUGUAUAAAGUUAUUACUUGUAUUAAAAACUUCUUUAAUAAGACGAGAAGGAACAAAAAAAAUCUUAAAAGCAUACAUGUAAUUAAUGGUAGUUUUGAAGUUUAAUUCUUAGUACCGCCCGUUUAUUAGAAGGCUUUUGAGACGGAAUUCCCCUCCAGUUUUGAAGUGUGUGAACUUGAUAAAUAAAAACUUGUAAAUUGUUUUUAGAAA